AUGUAUAUCCCUAAGGCCCGAUUGGAUGGUUACGAAGUGGCAGCCUCAAAACCCUCCACAAUUCCUUCACUGGCUACAUUAGUUCAGCUCUUGAUAGAUUCAUGCCGCCAGUAUUUAGUUUGUCUUGAAUUCCACAACAUGUUCUCUGGCAAAUCAAAAGAAAAUUUACACGAACUCAGCCAUCGUGAAAUCAAGGAGCUGUCCAUACCGGAAAAACUGUUGAAGUCCUCCCAACAAAAAGAUUGCAUCAUCAUCAACAGAAUUGCCACACUUCUCGAAAUGAAAUCCAAAGAACUACGCCUGUUGACUUUCAUCAUAGAGAAUGGUCUCUUCUUGUUGUGGACUCACAUGGAGUUCUACCUCGUGAAUGGUAGGAGUGCUCGCUCCGACAUCAGUCAUCUCCACUUUUUUAAAGGCUCGAAUGAGACGAAGACAUCCGAUGGGUUCUUAAUGGACGCCGGCCUGUCAGAGGAGGAUAUUACCAUCUUCAAGAAAGAAAGCGUUACCUGGAUGAACGAGAUUUUUUUUGAAAGUUUAUUGAAAGUUUACAAGAAUCAAAGAAAAGACUCAUCAUCGUCUGGUUUUAUACCUGCCUUGGUCAGACGUUUAAGAAGAAUUAUCACAUUUUAUGCUUGUAAGAACUGAUUCAUUGACGCCAUAUGUGUGUAACUGCUGGACACUUUUAAUUAUAAAAAAAACCAGUGAUUUAUUUUUAGAGAACGUUACAAUUUUAAAAUUGCUGCCCCCUAAAUGCAUUUGAAAGAGCGUUGGUUUUAAUAAUUUUUGUAGUUUUGUUCAUUCGGGUCGUUGUUUCGUCGUAGCAUUAAGUGGGGACGUGGCGUUUCGUCGUUUAUUACAACAACCACCUGUAAAUUUUUUGCUUUAAUAUCUAUAAAUUAAUCGGUUAGUAAAUAAAAAUGUUUACAUGAG